AGACGGCCCAGCAGCUUCACAGAUGAUACGGAACCACCAGGAGAACCCAGACUUGUCUGAAACUCUGAAACUUCAAUGAUGACCGAGGACAAGAGUGGGCCAGGAGGACCUGAGGAUCUGUCCCCAGACCCCUCCUGCGAGGACAGGACCACGGAGGAGGACAAGCAGCAGAACGGGGAGCUCCCUGUGAAAGCGGCUCCGCCGGAGGAGUUCGUGCACCCCGAGGGCGGCUGGGGCUGGGUGGUCAUGCUGGCCUCCAUGUGGUGUAACGGUUCGGUGUUCGGGAUCCAGAACUCCUUCGGGUUGAUCUUCCAGUGCCUGCUCCGGGAGUUCGGCUCCGAGGACGACCCGGACCUGCGCUUCAAGACGUCGUGGGUGGGCUCUCUCUCCAUGGGGAUGAUCUUCUUCUGCUCCCCCAUCGUCAGCAUCUUCACCGACAUCCUGGGCUGCAGAGUGACAGCUGUGGGGGGGGCAGCUGUGGGCCUUGUUGGCCUGCUGGCCAGCUCCUUUGUUAAGUCCCUUGGAGUCAUGUAUUUUACCUAUGGGAUAGUGUUUUCCUGUGGAUGCUCCUUUGCAUACCAGCCCAGCCUGGUUAUCUUGGGUCACUAUUUUAAGAAGCGCCUGGGUCUGGUGAAUGGCAUAGUGACGGCUGGCAGCAGCAUCUUCACCAUCACCCUGCCUUACAUCCUCUCAGGUCUGCUCAAGAAAAUUGGCUUGCAGCACACCCUGCGUGUCCUCUGCAUCCUCAUGUUCAUUCUAGUUCUGGCUGGCUUCACCUACAAGCCCCUGCUGCCCAUCAAACCCACCAGUUCCCGAGAUGGAAAGUUACGCAUGAGUCGGAUCUUCAACAGGAACAUCUGGAAGUCAGUGGGAUAUCGGAUCUGGGCUUUUGGUAUUCCUGCUGCACUUUAUGGAUACUUUGUGCCAUACGUUCAUCUGAUGCAACACGUGGAAGAACGUUUUGGAAAAGACAGCAAUAAGGAGGUUCUGCUCACGUGCAUUGGCAUCACUUCCUGUUUGGGCCGAUUCAUAUUUGGCAGUGUGGCGGAUUUUGUGAAAGGAGUCAACAAAGUGUUCCUACAGGUGGCUUCCUUUUUUGUUAUCGGCUUCAUGUCCACCAUGAUCCCCGUGUGCCAGAUGUUUGGAGGGCUGAUCGCUGUGUGCCUGCUGAUGGGACUCUUCGACGGCUGCUUCAUCUGCAUUAUGGCCCCCAUCGCCUUUGAGCUGGUUGGGGCCAACGACGUGUCCCAGGCCAUCGGCUUUCUGCUUGGCCUGAUGUCUGUGCCGAUGGUGGUCGGCCCCCCGAUAGCAGGUUUUCUGAGGGACAAGCUGGGGAGCUAUGAUCUGGCAUUCUACCUGGCGGGUAUCCCUCCCGUAUUCGGAGGCAUCCUGUUGUGCCUCAUCCCCUGGGUGGAGGCCAGACGACGGAGAAAGGAGGUGACUCUUGGCAAGGAGCAAGGUGUUGAUCAAAAGAUGAUAGGGAAUGAAAAGGAUCAGGAAGAGGCCAGAACCAAAGUGGGUCAUUCAGUCCUUUAAGUGUCCCCAUCCCACACAGACUGAAGAGGCGGUGUUAAGUCAGACUGGGCCCAGCUGACCAGGUGUCACAUAUUUAUGUGUUUUUAGCCAAAGUUGUGCGUGAGUACAAUUCAACAAUCCAAAGCAAGGAAACUUGAUAAAGUCAAUUUUUUAAUGAAUGUGAUCCAAAAAGAGUAGAUUAGAGCGGGCUGGUAGACUGGACCUGAACAGGAAUCCUGCCCAGCAGGUCUGGAGUCUCACAGCCAUCUUGUUUUUAUGUCUGAGCCAAAGACGAGCCAUCAGCAGUCAUCCAACCUGUGAAGCUUUGCUCUCUGCUGUGGUUCAUCCCCUUGUGCUGUUAGUGGAUUCCAAAGGGACGCUUAGUAGCCGUGGCUUUAGAGAAGGAACCAUCUGGUCUCCAAACUGAAAGGACCAGAGUAUCUAAAGGCUUAGGGAAGAAUCACUUCCUAUCAGGCUCCAGGUAGGUACACAAAAACUGGUUUUAAACCACUUCCUGUCUGUUGGUUAGGUGGUGGUCCCUUCAACACAGCAGCCAUCCCAUCUGCAGCUUAGCUGAGGGAAAGACUACCUCUGAGAGGGACCACUUGACUUUGCACAAGGAUUAUCACUCGUUUACCUGCAGUGUGUAAACCAACGAGUGUAGCUGUCCUUUCCCCACUCAGGUGUGAGGAACUUCUCCGUGUUUACUUGAGCAGGGAUUUAGUGUUGUGACCUGUCUGGUGCUUUCCAGGUGGGAUUAGCUUUUUCUUCACCAAAGCUUCUUGAAGCAGUCCGUGCCACCUAAGGGAAGACUUUCUAUAGAGAAGUUAUGUUUAGCACUAACAACAACAAUAAAUUGUGAUUUAGACCAAAGCCCUGGUGCCUUUCUGAGUUCAUGAAAUGUUCAGAAUGUUUUGUACCAGAUAGGAAUCUUUGCCAUGUUGGAUUUGGUUUUUUUAAUCUUUCAUCAUAAUUUUUAUUGUUUACGUAAUAUUUUUGACAGCUGAUCUGAUGACUGGCUUUCUGCAUGAACAUGUGUUUUCUGUAUAUCUCCUGGUUUUGUGGAUUUUAGUCCUGAUUUCUGUUAAAUGCUUAUUUUUGGACAUAAAUGAUGAGUGUGGAGCUCUAGCUGGAUGUUAGUUCUCUUGUUUUUGUCUGAUUUUUGUAUAAUCUGUGUCACACCUUCUCAUGUCAGUGUUUCAGAGCAAUAAAGCAACCUGCAGAAGUG